AUGGUAGAUAAUGGGACACGUAACUACAUUUCAUCUUUCUAUCUGGUUGAUAUUCCAGGGUUAGAAAAAUUUCAUAGCUGGAUUGGCAUCCCUGUCUGCCUCCUGCUUGUCCUGACCCUGCUGGGGAACUGUGUAAUCAUGGCUACUGUCAAGCUGGAGCCAAGCCUCCACCAGCCUAUGUAUUUCUUCCUCUGCAUGCUGGCAGUGAAUGACAUGUGUCUUACCUGUUCUGCUGCCCUGAAGAUGCUCGGCAUCUUUUGGUUUCAUGAACAGUGGACUGAGUUUGAUGUCUGCCUAACACAGAUGUAUUUUAUCCACAUGCUUUGCGUUACAGAGUCAGCCAUCCUAGUGGCCAUGGCAUUUGAUCGCUAUGUGGCUAUUUGCACCCCACUGCAUUAUGCAACCAUCCUGACCACAUCCAUGGUGACUAAACUCGGUCUAGUUGGCCUGAGCCGAGCUGUGCUCAUGGUUUUUCCGGGUCCUCUUCUCAUUAAGAGGCUGCCGUACUAUACAAAAUAUGUCAUCCCUCACACCUACUGUGAGCACAUGGCUGUGGUGAAGGUGGCCAGUGCCAGCACACACGUUAACAGAGCGUAUGGGAUCUCAGUUGCCCUGUCAGUGACAAUAAUGGAUCUGUGGCUCAUUGCCAUGUCCUAUGUAAAAAUCAUCCAGGUAGUGUUCCAGCUGUCUUCCAAGAAUGCCCACUCUAAAGUUCUGGGUACCUGUGCUGCCCAUGUCUGCGUUAUUCUUGUCUUGUACACACCUGCACUAUUCAGCUUCCUAACUCAACGCAUUGGCAAGAACGUCCCUCCAAGUGUCCACAUCAUCCUGGCCACUGUGUACCUCCUAGUGCCCCCCGCGGUCAAUCCCUUGGUGUAUGGUGUCAAGACCAAGCAGGUUCGUGAUCGAGUGUUGGGUCUCUUCUCCAUAAACAUGAAAAAUGCUGAAUAUUAA